AGACAGGUGUAAUUCAGGCAUAUAAACUACAUGUAAGUAAAUUAAAACCAACUCUUGUUUCCUUCUCGGCAGAACGCGCUCUCUCUGCAGAAACCCAAAAGCGACAGAGACCCAUUACCAAUUUCAACAGGAGCGUCGUUUGAGAUGGAUUUGUCGCAGAAUACUGCUCUGGGGACUGGAGGGAGUGGAGGAAAUGGAAUGUUGGCUGCUCCAGUGAAUGACACAGCAGCAGCGACGGCAGUGGAUGAUCCAAAGCAGAAUUUGAACCAAGUUAUUAAUUCCAUCCAGAAGACUCUUGGUUUACUUCACCAGCUUUACCUCACGGUCUCUUCAUUCAACACUGCUUCACAGCUUCCUCUUCUCCAACGACUCAAUGGUCUUGUUACUGAGCUGGACAAUAUGGUUAAAUUGUCUGAAAAGUGCAACAUUCAGGUUCCUAUGGAGGUCCUGAAUUUGAUUGAUGAUGGAAAGAAUCCAGAUGAAUUCACAAGGGAUGUUAUAAACAGCUGCAUUGCAAAAAAUCAAGUCACUAAAGGCAAAACUGAUGCCUUCAAGAGUUUACGCAAGCAUCUUCUGGAGGAACUUGAGCAGACUUUUCCAGAUGAAGUCGAAUCAUACAGGGAGAUACGUGCAAUGUCUGCUGCUGAAGCAAAACGGCUUGCUCAAGCACAAAGCUCAUUGCCCAAUGGAGACGUGAAGGUUAAAGCCGAGCUUUAAGGGGCCACACGACUGUGAAUCAAACUCUUUGUUUUGGACCAACUUGACUUUACCAUGUAACAAUAGGAGGCAGUCUAUGCAAAAUUACGUUGUAUUAGCCCAUUUUACUUAAAUGCAAGAAUGUGACUAUUUAUUAUCUA